AUGACGGAUGACAAUGUCGGUUCCGAGAGGACGCCUCUCUUAUCCUCUUCCUCCAAUGCCGCCGUCACUUCGAUAGAAAGUCACCCAGAGGAACAGCGAGAUUCCGUGCCCGUCGCUCGCAGACCUGCCGACGGCCUCUCUACUCUGCGCGGCUUUCUCAUCUGCGUCUCCGUCUGGGUCCUCAUCUUCAUCCUGACCAACAAUGUCUCGCUCAUCACCACGAUCCAAUCCCCGAUUGCGACGGACCUUAAAGUCUCCAGCGAAGUCAGCUGGUUCACGUCGGCGUACCUCAUCGCCAUCACGAGCAUCACGCCGGUCGCGGGCCGACUCUGCGCCAUCUUCACCCCCCGACUCUACCUGCUGGCCUCGGUCAUUGUCCAGACUGCCGGUCUGCUACUCACCUCCCGGGCCAAGUCGCUGGCCAUGUUUCUCGCCGGUCGAGUCGUGACGGGCAUCGGAAGUGCCUCCAUCACCCCUGUGGCUUUCAUCCUGGUCACCGAGCUGACCAGCGCCCGCCGACGGGGUCUCUUCUUCGGCUGCAUCAAUACCGGCUACACGACCGGCGUGGCCUGCGGAGCUAUCAUCGCCGGCGCGCUCGAGCCGCUGGUCGGCUGGCGCGCCGUCUUCUGGCUGCAGAUCCCCUUUGCCCUGUCCGCGGUGACGGUGGCGUUCUUCGCCAUCCCCAAGCCCAAGACGGCCGCGACUACGGGACCGUCUUCGGAGACGUUGGCCAAGAAACUGUCGCAGAUCGACUACUUGGGCGUGCUCACCAUCAUCGCCGCCGUCGUGCUUCUCCUCUACAGUCUCUCGUCGCCACAGGUCCAGAUCACCCCGAUCGUCCUCUCGCUCGCGUCCUUCGUCCUCUUCCUCCUCGUCGAGGCCACCUGGGCCAGCCAACCCAUCGUGCCUGUGUCCGUGCUGAAAUCCCGGGGGAACAUCCUCACGGGCAUCGCGACCGUCGGGGUCAUGACGGCGCGGUGGGGGGUGCUGUUCUACACGCCGACGUACGUGCUCACGCUACGCGGCUGGCCGCAGACCAAAGCCGGAUUGACACUGAUCCCGACGAACCUGGGCUUCGGCCUCGGCGGCCUGCUGGCCGGAUGGCUGCACAUCCGACGGACGGGGUCGUUCUACAUCGCGUGCCUCGUGACGUUCGUGCUGUUCGCGCUGUCCAUGUUCACCGUGUCGUGGAUCUCGACCCCGACGUCCAACAUCUACCUGUACCUGGGCGUGCUAUUCCUGAACGGGCUGAUCGUCGGCGCACUGCUCAACUACUCGCUCGCGCACGUCCUGCACCUGACGCACCCGGCGACGCACGUCAUCGUGAUCCCCCUCAACGCCAUGUUCCGCAGCCUGUCCGGCUCGUUCGGCUCCUCCGUCACGGGCGGCCUGUUCCUGCGCACGCUGCAGCGCGCCCUGACGCGCGGGUUCGAGGACCGCGGCCUCCCCGUCACGCCCGACAAGGCCACCCUGAUCCGCCAGCUCGUGGGCACGCCGAUCCUCGUCCAGCGCCUGACCGGCGUGGACAGGGACGUCGCCCUCUCCGGCUACGAACAGGCCCUCAGCACAAUCUACAUGGUCGGCGGCGUCUGGACUAUCGGCAUGUUACUCGUGCAGGCCGGCACCGGGUGGACGAGCCCCGAAGCCGUCAAGGACGAAGAAGGCGCCCACCACAGCGACGAAGAGAGCAUGCAAAAUGGUCUGUCGCCGGCCCUUUCGAGGGAGGCGGUCACCAGUUAG